AGUCUAGCAAGCCACGCCCCUUCUUUGGGGUUUUGUGUGUGUGAAGGGGCGUGGCUAGACUUGCAAGACUAAACACCUUCUCUGUCACAUGUGUUGCUGUUUUUGGAACUGCUGGAAACAAGAUUUGCAGGCUCCAGUGGAGUAAGACAGAGGCUGAGAAGAUGAUGGAAUCAGCACAGAUUGAAGAUCAGGCAGCCCCGGACUCUGCCCCUAAUGUCGACACCCCCUCCAAAGAUUACCAGUCUAACGACAAAACUACCAACGGGCACGCCACACCCACAAGAGAUACAACUGCAAACGGUGACAUCACCACACUCGAUCAGUCCGAAGAUUCGCCGUCUGAUAAACAAGUAGACAGUGACAGUAACUCCCACUCCUUCGUUACCCUCUCGCCUCCAACCAGUCCCGACAAGGGUUAUGGUGAUGACGUCAAUUCCACCGUACUUCGGAGCCUCGAGGGAAGUACAAGCUCCACAGAACAACCGAAAUCAAAACUAGACAACCCUGAUUACCUGAAAAAACAGCGUAAAAUGAUGGAUAUGGAGAGCCCCAUUUCCCCCGGUCGAGAGAGGAGCUUGGAGCCUGAGGAGGGUCAGGAUAUCGACCUCAAGGUGGAGAUAACGGAAAGACUGAAACACACGGCCAAAAAUGACUCGUAUAUAUCUUACAAAAUCACCACCGAUAGCACCCGCCCCGGUUCUCUGUACGAGCAGUCCCACUACGAGGUGUGGAGGAGGUACAAGGACUUUGAGUGGCUCAGGGAUGUGCUGGAGAAGAUACACUACACUCUUAUCACCCCUCCUCUCCCUGGCAAGCAGAUAUCUCGAUUCUUUGAUCACAAGAGUGAGACGUUCCUCAAAGAGAGACAGAAAGCACUGGACAGGUUCCUUAAGAGACUGGCCUACCACCCAUACUUCUCGUUUGAUCGGCACUUGAAGAUCUUCCUCACUGCCGACCCCGAUACGUUUUCGUCCCACGUGAGCGAGAACAGCGGCAACUCCCUGAAACUGUUGAACAUGUUCUCCUCUUCUGUCAAGAAUGCCACCACUUACGUCAUGCUCAAAAACCCUGACCCCGACUACCUCAAGCACGCAAAGUAUUUCGCUGAGCUGGGCGAGAAGUUUAGUCACUUGGAGAGAGUAGCCACCCGUCUGCACACUGACAGGGACGAGCUCUCCAACAACUUGGAAGACUUUUCUUCGGCCAUGAUACAGUGGGCCACUCAUGAGCCACACCUAGCCCACCCCCUGCAGAAAGUCGGCACCUGUAUAGAGGCAUGCGGCAGUGCAACCAAGACUCUAAAUGAAGCAAAUGCUUACUCUCUACUGAUGGCCUCUAGAGAGUACCAGUUGUUCUCUGCAGCUGGAGUGAAUGCGGUUCAUAGGAGGGACGCUCUCCAGUACGAGAAGGAAAGGGCGUGGGACGAGAGAGACAAGAGGAAGAAGACUCAUGAUGACGCAGCUGCUACUGGCAAAGUGGUGAAGCUACCGAAAUUGGCAGAAGACGUGCAAAAGUCCAGCCUAGAUGCUGACAAGGCUCUUGAUGACCUGUCUAGAGCUAACGAGAUGUUGAGGGUGGACAUUGAGAAGUGGGGGGCCUCUAAGGACAGAGAGAUGUGCUCACUCAUGAAGCAUUUGGGAGACUCGCAUAUCACCUAUCAUCAGAAGUGUCUAGAUGAAUGGGAGGUAGUACUGAAGCUCCUUAAAUCCCGGGCGUCCAACAGCCCACCCCCUGAGCUCAUCGACCAAUCAAACGCUGAGUCUGAAGUAGAACAUAGACCAGACCUCCUCCUCCCCGGCAGUCUCCCAGGUAAAGACUCUCCGAGCGAACAACCAUCUGAAAAACUGGAAAAAUCUGAUUCUUUGGACGAUCUUUUUAGUUAAUAACUACCUAUUAUUUUUGUUACUGGUAAGUUUAUUUCAGUAAGUAAGUUUAUUGCAAAUUACUUUUUUUUUAUUGUUCUCUUAGCGUGUAUGUAAUGAAGUGAAUUUGAAUAUGCUGUAAUAUUACGGAG